GGAACACGUCAAAAUCAAAAGCUUCUGAAGCCCAAGGAGAGCUCCUGGCAGCAGCAAAGCGACGCCCGAGCGGCUGAAAUCAGUAAUAUCGGAAAAGUGGUACGUGCCUGAAGCCUGAGAUUACAACAAAGGCCGUGCUUGAGCUGCUCGAAAAGAUGGCUGAUGCUCUGGUAGAAGAUUUCAUCACAAAGUUGAAAAGGAGACAAGUGGAGGGAUCCCUCGUGACAGCGCGCAAGACGGCGCUCGUGCUGCGCCAGGUCAUCGCAGCGGAGCGGAAGCCAGCGCCGUACCAGGCCAGCCAGCUCAUUGAGCUCGUAAAGAACUAUGGCCGCAAGCUGAUCGCUGCAAACCCGACAGAGCUGGCCAUUGGCAACAUCGUCCGACGAGUCCUGCACAUCAUCCGGGAAGAGGACGUCACUUCUGCGUCACAUUCUGCGGCCAACACAGAAGAUGACGUGGAAAGGGCAGGGCCGGCGGGGGGAGGGAUUGCGGCGUCGACGGGAAACAGAACGGCACUGCUAGCACCGGCACUUAAAAACCUGCUAGAACCUACCCCACAGCUACAAAAACCCGGGUCGGAUUCGGGGUCAGUGGCGGAGUCGGAGUCAAAGCGACAAGAAAAACCAAAGUCGGAUCGAGCGAGCUGGCGGCUGAAGCACAACGUGAUCGAGGGCAUCAAUGAGCUGAUCACGGAGGUGGAGAAUUUCUCGUCGCUCAUCGCGGAGCAGGCGCUAGAGCACAUACACCAAAACGAGGUCAUCUUAACCAUGGGCCGAUCUAAGACGCUGCUCAACUUUCUAAGCGAGGCCAAGAAGAAGCGGUCCUUCCAGGCGGUGGUUGCUGAGGGGGCGCCUAGGUACGACGGGCAUCUACUGGCCAAGGAGCUCGCGGUUCUGGGCGUGCAAACGACGGCGAUCACGGACGCGGCGGUGUUUGCCAUGAUGGCGCGGGUCAACAUGGUUGUGGUGGGCGCCCAUGCGGUGAUGGCCAACGGCGGCGUGCUGGCCCCUGUGGGACUGCACAUGGCGGCGCUCGCAGCCAAGCGGCACGCGGUCCCGUUCGUCGUCCUCUGCGGUCUACAUAAGCUGUCCCCGGUCUUUCCCCACGACCCCGACACUCUGCUCAACGACUUCAAGUCCCCUUCCGGCGUGCUCGACUUUGGCGAAAUUUCCGACUGCUUAGACAGCGCCGCGGGGCGCGUUCACACCCCCAACCCCUUCUUCGACUACAUCCCCCCCGAGCUCGUCAGCCUCUUCAUCACGGACGGCGGAGGCCACAACCCGUCCUACGUCUACCGACUCAUUGCCGAGUUCUACAGCCCGGAAGACUACGUCCUAUAACCAGUAGGAUGGCCAUGCUCUUUGGACGACUGCAAAGCGCUUAAGGAUUUCUCAAAUGUCAAAUUGACCUCAGCUUUUGUUUCAACCCCUCCUUCAUCCGCUUUCUUCAUGCCAUGCGGACAUUGAAC